GCCCCUGUAGGCUGUAAUGUAAAGCUUCCUCUAGCAUAUUCCAAACGCCAUAUAAAACAUAGUUGAAGAGCAAAUUUUCCUCUUAUCGUCGCUUCGAUUUCAUUUGGUGAAAAAUGGCGGAAGAAUUGGCUUUGGAUUUGGAAGAGCUUCGUCACUUGCACGGAAUCGCGAAAAGACCUCGAACACUCUCUCUCCUCACCUCUGAGAUUCGCAACUUGGAGAAGUUAUCAACAGAGGCAUCCUCUGCACGAGCGUCACAGAUUCCAGCACCAAUUUCAACUGGAACUAGGGUGUCACCUGCACCUGCACCUGCACGGAAUUAUUCUACACUUGCAUCUUUCAGUUGGGAUCAGGAUAACGACAAAGUAAAGAUAUACGUGUCUCUAGAGGGAGUUGAUGAAAAUAAAAUUGAAUCUGAGUUUAAACCAAUGUCGUUUGAUGUUAAGUUCCAUGAUAUUCAAGGGAAGAACUACCGAUGUGCAAUACCAAAAUUGCACAAGGAGAUAGUGCCAGAGAAAUGUAAGGUUAUGAUCAAGCCUACAAGGGCGAUCAUCACAUUGGUCAAGGCUUCCAAAGGAAACUGGCUAGAUUUGCACUUCAAAGAAGACAAGGUAGUGAAAUUCUGUUUGUUGAUGUUACAGCUGAAGCCAAAUUUGGAUAAAGAGAAAGACCCGAUGGCAGGAAUCAUGGACCUAAUGAAGAAUAUGUAUGAUGAUGGAGAUGAGGAGAUGAAGAAAACAAUUGCGAAAGCAUGGACUGAUGCUAGAUCUGGGAAAACAGCUGACCCUUUAGGUAGCUAUCGUUGAGCGAAGAACAGUGGUUCUGAUGUUCAAUUUCUGUUUUGUAGAGAAUGGUUUAUUCCAUUGGAUUGCAUGAUUUCAUGGUUUAAAAUGAAAACUUGGCCUAUGUUCAUGGCACUUGUGGAAGAGGGGUGCAGUUAUUGUUGCUAAAGUGUUUUACUUCGUCAUAGAAUGGGGUGAUUUUUGCUUGA